AUUCAAAUUUGAUCAAAGUAGACAUGAAUGAAUCUAAACCUCUAGUUUUUAACGAAUGCAUGAAGCACAUCAGUUUUGGCAAUGAAUCGAUAUGGCAUGACAGUGAACAAGAAUCCAACUUGACUCAAGGAACCCUCCAUCGACUCUUCAUUGGCGCCCAACGCCAGGAACCCAGCCAUGUCGCCAUACCAGCCACCAUCUUUUACAGCCUCCUCUUUAUAUUUGGCACCCUGGCUAAUGGUCUCAGCAUCCUAACUCUCUUAAAAAAUGGAAAAAUUAAAGUGAGCUCUGUUCGCUUUUACCUCCUCAGUUUGGCUCUGGCAGAUGUUUUGUUGCUUCUAACAAUCCCAGUCACACUUUACCGGUACUUCUGGCAGUAUUACCCUUGGGCUCUUUCCGACGCUGUAUGUAAGCUUUACUUUAUGAUAAGGCAGGUUUACUGUGCUACAACCAGCUGGACCAUUAUUGCAUUUACUUUAGAGAGAUAUAUUGCAAUUUGCCACCCGAUGUGGUCCGUUACUGGCCUUCGUAAAUCUCGCAUGGUCUAUCUGUUGGCUUUCAUCUGGCUUUUGGCUUUACUUACCACCAUCCCAGUAGCUAUAGUGUAUGGUGAAUCAUCAGCCUGUAUCUUAGACUACACAGCCACGUCCCAGGAGGAAGCUGUACUCGAUUCUACUGUAUGUGAAAUGCUGGAACAAAAGCCUUUUAUUGUCUACAAGAGCAUUCUGCAGACGCGCAGUAUUUUGUUUUUUGUCAUGCCAUUGUUGGUCAUUAUUAUUUUCCACGUACUGAUUUUCCAUCACUUAAAGCUGAACCAUCGUCAGAGGAAGAAGAUCAGCCUUACCGGCACACAUUUGCAUUUUGCAUCCACUCACGUGAAACAUCCUCGAAGUCGACCGUUUUCUGAAAAAAAGGCUCGACAACUUAUGGGUGAGUAGUUUAUUGAAAUUACUAUAUCAAAGCUAUUCAUUAACUAUCUAAACCUAAACAGUAAAGAAGCAGGAAGCAAAAUGUCAAAUUAAAUAGAAAAUUACGGUUUUCUUAAUUGGACAUUUGCUGCCUGCCUCAUUAUUAUUUUUAUUGUUAUUUUAAAUAGUUUUUGUUUAAUAAAUUAUUCUGGAAGCAUUAAAGGAAGCAUCUUAUCUCCAGGUUUGUGUUAUUGACUUAAGGAAGUGUUACCCCACAAACUGACAUGUUUGUCAUUUUAUGUGUGUAUCUGUAAGCCCUGGAAAAAAACAGAGAGGUCCAGGCACUCCAGAUAUCAGUGGAAUAGGCAAUUUAUUGAACUCACAGCCAAAGCAACAUUUUGACCAAACUGGUCUUUAUCAAGCCAUCAACUACACACAUUGAAGGAUCACUAUAGGAUCAGGAACACAAACAUGUAUUCCUGACCCUAUAGUGAUAAAACCAACAUCUAGCCCCCCUGGGUCCCUCAUGCCUCCAUAAAUAUAGUAAAAAUCUUACUGUACUCAUGCCUGAAACUGUAACUCUGCAUGCUGUUAGACUCAGAAAAACAGCAGUCUGCUGACGUCAUCAGAAGUGGUAGCCUGAUCCAAUCACAGUGCUUACCCAUAGGAUUGGCUGAGACUGACAAAGAGGCAGAUCAGGGACAGAGCCAGCAUGAUUCAAACACAGCCCUGGCCAAUCAGCAUCUCCUCAUAGAGAUGAAUUAAAUCAAUGAAUCUCUAUGAGGAAAGUUCAGUGUCUGCAUUCAGAGGGAGGAGAUACUGAAUGUUUGGAUGCAUUUUAGGCAGCCAUGACCCAGGAAGGAUCUCUAACAGCCAUCUAAGGAGUGGCCAGUGAAGUUAUUACUAGGCUGUAAUGUAAACACUGCAUUUUCUCUGAAAAGACAGUGCUUACAGCAAAAAGCCUGAAGGGAAUGGUUCUACUCACCAGAACAAAUUCAAUAAGCUGUAGUUGUUCUGGUGACUAUAGUGUCCCUUUAAGUACAAUUUAUAGGUGUACAAAAACAAACAAGGUGAAAAGAAUCAGUUAAUUAAUAAAAAAACAAAUAAAUAAACUAGAAAAGCUACAAUUUCUGGGGAAAUUGUGUGAAGUGUUCUUGCCUCCACCAGUAGUCUACAUCUGGAGUGGGCGGAGUAACUGUUAUCAUUUACAUAGCACAUUUAAUUGCAAUGUUGUUGCACAGUUACAUUAAACCAUACAUUUAUAAAAGCAUUAGCAGGUGUUCAAAAGGCCCUGUCUAUGACAUCACUUGCUGCAGCAGCCUGGCACAGGUCAGAGUAUUUUGGCGGUUGCCAUUUUCAAACGGUCAUAUUUUAAAAACUAUAAAUCCUACAGCGAAGAGCUUUAUAUUGUGAGAAUCACGAGACCCAGACCUACAUUUUGAUACAUAGUAUGUCUCUGAAGUAUUAAAAAUGAAGGCACAGUCGCAGUUUAGAAAUUGCACUUCAAAUCUGAGCUUUGUAGAGUGAAGUUUCAAUGAAUGUCAAUGGACGGCGUUAAUUGUAAACAAAUGAUUAUAUUGUGAAAACUAUCAGGACUAUGGCUUAGCCGUUGACAUGUUUAGUGGCAGCAGGGAUAGCUGAACGUUUUGAUAUAAGAUUUGUGUAGGUGGGCCUGAAAAUAAGGGAGUGGUGGCAGUUUAGAAAUCAUGUCCUGAUUUUUCAGCUUUUGCCAGCUCCCACUCUAGCUUUGCCAUUCAUUCCUAUGGGACAAAUUUCGCCACAAGAACGACGAUAUUCCGUGAACCAUUCGGCGAAACGUUCCACAAAGUAAUAGCAAUCCGAUCGGGAACAAUCUGCACGUUUUGGUAAAUUUUGGUCUAUGUAGUGUAAAAACUGUGGGAGGAGUUAGGGUGGCAAAUUUGGCUAUAAUAAUAAUAAUAAUAUAUAUGUGAGAUAACAAUAAGUGGUCUUGCUAUGCAAGAACACUUAAUUACACUUACCCUAAACAUAAGGGAUGUCAGCUGUGUAUAGGUGAGUCAAAUACAAACUCUGGCCGGAAAUAAUUGAGGCUCCAAAAUUAGCUGGGAAAAUUUUAAACUAGAUAAUUAAUUCCUGUCAGAAGCUCCCAGAACGCCCAUAAUGUCCGCGUAAUGACGUCUAUAGAGGGCAACAAAAGUGUACCUUACGUACACAUAAGACGUCUACAUAAUGACGUCAGACGUUAACUACUAUAGCGACAUUAACAUUGCGAAUCAAGAAUAGACUCGGACUGUGCAUGUGCAUGAUAACAAAUCUUAGUGCAUGCGCAUUUGCAACAAAUAUUAAACAAAUAGAAAAUAAUGUUAAAAAGCCCAUAAGACAAAACUGAUAAAAAAGAAAAAAGUCCAAAAGAUACAACAGCUGACAAUCCUCAUAUGGGUGUACAAAGAAUAAUAAAUAAUAAUGUACUAAUUAAUAUAUAUGUGUAUUAAGUUUUCUCUCAGCAGCCCUCCUAGCAAAAGAAUAAACAUAUUCCUUUAACAUCCCUAAUAUUAAGAAUAUACAAUCCAAGGGCAUCAUAAGUGUUCAUAAAGCAUAUCACAAUAUAAGAUCUCCAUACUGGAGAUGUGUAAGACACAUAGUAUAUAUUAAUAUAUAUAGAUACAAAAUUAUUCAUUAAAAAAAAAAUAUAUAUAUGAGAUGUAUAAGAGAAUCAGGAGAUGGUAUGUAUCUGAGAGAGUUAUCAAGAGCCCUGGCUCACUCACCUGCAAUUCCCAUGCCACGCCUGGCCUCACUCCUUGAUCCCUCUUCAGCAUCUGGUCCACCAGUGUGUUCACUGCUGAAGAGGGAAGGCUGGCAAGCUCACAACGGCAUUGAAACGCCACGGUCUGUGUAUAUCUUUUGUCAGUAUAUGUAUAUGUGUGUUUAUGUAUCAAUAUGUAUGUAUCUGUGUGUGUCAGUGUAUAUAUAUGUGUGUUUGCGGGUGUAUCUGUAUGUUGUCAGUAUGUGCAUCUUUGUAUCUGCAUGUGUGUAUCGGUGUAUCUGUCUAUCUGUAAUUGUGACAGUGUUUUUAUAUGUAUGUCUGUGUUUCAGUGUGUGUAUCUGUGUAUCUGCAUGUGUGUAUGUGUAUUACUCUGUAUGCGUAUCACACGUGUGCCAGUGUAUGUGUAUGCGUAUAUGUGCAUACAUCACAGCAUUCAAACACCAACACUACACACAAAUGCACCCCUGCAUUUAAAUGUCAACAGUACAUAGAAACACACCCUUGCAUUGUAAUGUCAACACUACAUACAAGUAUACCUUUGUAUUAAACACCAAAAUUAAUCCCCCGCCUGGCCCCCAAAAAAGUUGCCACCAAAAAAAAGGUCACACUCUAAUAUUUUGUUGGACCGCCUUUAGCUUUGAUUACAGCACGCAUUCGUCAUGGCAUUGUUUUGAUAAGCUUUUGCAAUGUCACAAGAUUUAUUUCCAUCCAGUAUUGCAUUAAUGUUUCACCAAGAUCUUGUAUUGAUGAUGGUAGAGUCAGACCACCACGCAAGUGCGCAAAGCCUUCUCCAGCAUGUCCCAAAUAUUCUCAUUGGGGUUAAGGUCUGGACUCUCUGGUGGCCAAUGCAUGUGUGAAAAUCAUGCUCCCUGAACCACUCUUUCACAAUUUGAGCCCGAUGAAUCCUGGCAUUGUCAUCUUGGAAUAUACCCAUGCCAUCAAGGAAGAAAAAAUCCAUUGAUGGAAUAACCUGGUCAUUCAGUAUAUUCAGGUAGUCAGCUGACCUCAUUCUUUUGGGCACAUAAUGUUGCUGAACCAAGACCAGACCAACUACAGCAACCCCAGAUCAUAGCACUGCCCCCAUAGGCUUGUACAGUAGGCACUAGGCAUGAUGGGUGCAUCACUUCAUCUGCCUCUCUUCUUACCCUGAUGCACCUUUCACUCUGGAACAGGGUAAAUCUGGACUCACCAGACCACAUAACCUUCUUCCAUUGAUCCAGAGUCCAAUCCUUAUGCUCCCUAGCAAAUUGAAGCAUUUUAUUUCCUGAUUAGCCUCACUGAUAAGUGGUUUUCUUAAGGCUACACAGCUGUUCAGUCCAAAUCUCUUGAGUUCCCUUUGCAUUGUGCAUGUGGAAAUGCUCUUACUUUCGCUAUUAAAUAUAGCCCUGAGUUCUGCUGUUGUUUUUUUCUAUGAUUUGAUUUCACCAAACGUUUAAGUGAUCACCGAACAAGAUCAAUCAGGAUUUUUUUCAGACUACAUUUCUUCCCCGAAGGCGAUGGUUCCCCACUGUCCUUCCAGUUAUUAAUAAUGCAUUGGACAGUUCUUAGCCCAAUUUUAGUAGUUUCUGCAAUCUCCUUAGAUGUUUUCUCUGCUUGAUGCAUGCCAAUGACUUGACCCUUCUUAAACAGACUAAUAUCUUUUCCACAACCACGGGAUGUGUCUUUCGACAUGGUUGUUUAAGAAAUGAGAAGCUUCUAAUGUCAUCAGUUGGGGUUAAAUAACUUGUUGCCAGCUGAAAGAUUAUCGCCCCUGCAGUAACUAUCUAAUAGGAGGCUCUUACCUAUUUGCUUAGUUGAAUCCAGGUGGUGACCUUUUUUUGUGGCUAGGCAGUGUAUAUCAACGCUUAAAACGUUAACACUACAUUCAAACACACCCCACAUUCACACACGUACAAAAACUGACAUUCAAACACACAAACACUGCUCAGUGCAAAAUACAACCCUGCAAGCAUGGGAAAUGGUAGAGUCCCAGCUGUCAAAGCACUGUGAGAGAUGUAGGAUCUAUCUUUUGGCCACCCUUGAGAAGGGGGGCCCAAUAAAAAUAUUGCACCAUGGCCCUCUCUAUGUUAGUUCUGUCACUGGAGUGUACCUAUCACUGAUUGCCUUUCGGCACCUUGUAUUAUAAGAUCUGCACUAUAUGCAGUUUUUUGUUUCCUAUUUAUUUUGCAUAUAAUGUGGAUUUUACUCCCUGUGAAUCAUGUGUGUAAGAGGGUAAGAUAGCCCUCUUUUUUCUUCCUAGUGCUCCACUACUAUCAUCUAUUAUUUACAUGUGUUACACUUAUAAUUCACUUUUAUGAGCUUUACACUUCUAAUACAUUAAUAGAGUUAAGGUGUACCGAGGUGGGAAAUUAGAAGAAGGACGCAGGGGAAGGAGGGAAAAGAAGAAGUGAAUAACUGCAAAAGGUGGGAGGGAGGAGAAGAACAAGUGAGCAAAGGGGAGUGGGGACAUAACAGGAGAACAAGCAAAUGAAAGGGGAGAUUAGAGGUAAACAAGUGAUGAAUGGGGGAGUGGGGGGAAGCAGAGAAAAAUUGCAUGAAGCAGGGGAACAGAAGAGUUGAACAGGUGAUUUAAGGAUGAGAGAAGAAAAAAGAGGGAAGCAAGUGAGAAAUUUGGAAAAGAAAAGUUGAACAAGUAAGAAAUGGGAAAAAGAAGUGAACAAGUAAGAAAAGGGGGAGAUGAGGGGAACAAUUGGAGGAAAGAAGGGUUAUGUGGAGAGAGGCAUAAUUGGGGAGAAGGGGAGAGGGAUACAUGUUAGUGGAAGAUAAAUUAAAAGACGGGCAUGGAGAGAGAUAAAGAGGGACAGAUGGUUAUUGGAAACAUAUAACAUGUCACCAGAUGUGUAACGAGAAACCACCGUGCCUCGGUGCAGAAAUAGCCCCCCAUGUGUCCUAUCCCCCCCAUGCGUCUCAUUUAUUCUCCCCCCAGUUCCUCACUGUGUCUCUUUCCCACCCCAGCCCCUCCAUGUGUUGCACUCUCCCCCACAGCUCCUCCAUGUGUCUUAUUCUUCCUCCUAGCCCCUCUAUGUGUCUCCUUCUCUCCCCAAACACCUUCAUAUGUCUAAUCCCCUCCAUGUGUCUCAUUCUCCCCCCCCCCAACACCCUCCAUGUGUCUCUUAUUCUUCUCCCUGGACCAUCCAUGUGUCUCAUUCUCCCACUAGCUCCUCCAUAUGUGUCAUUCUCCCUUCAGACCCUCCAUGUGUGUCAUUACCCCAAGCCCCUCCAUGUUUCUCAUUCUCCCCCAUAGCCCUUCCAUGUGUCUCAUUCUCCCCCCUCUAUGGGUCUCAUUCUCCUCUUCAGCUCCUCCAUGUGUCUCAUUCUCCCCCUAGCCACUACAUGUGUCUCAUUCUCGCCACUCCAUGUGUCUCAUUCUCCCCACUUCAUGUGUCUCAUUCUCCCCCAGCUCCUCCAUGUGUCUCAUUCCCCCCCCUAGCCACUCCCAUGUAUCACAUUCUCCCCACUCCAUGUGUCUCAUUCUCCCCUCAGCUUCUCCAUGUGUCUCAUUCCCCCAUCCUCCUUCGUUCCUGUACAUGCUCACCGAGGUGCCUGAUCUGACAGGAAGUCCUUGUUGAUCUCAGUAAGCACUUUCUGUCAUACUGCGGUCCGCUCGGCCCACACUACAUACAGUGACUGGCAGGAGAGGUGUGCUGUGGGCUCUCCUACUGAAAGUCCCCUGGUGAUCGCACACCGUAGGCCGGUACAGUCCUGCCCUGAAGUUAUACCGAGAGUGAUGGGCUGGUCACAGCUGUGACCCCUGCGACUGCUGUAAUUACGCCACUGCAUGUCACCUGCUCCCACCCACCUUGCACUUAUUGCCAUUCAUCCACCUACAUUGUCAUAUUUGCCAGAAAAUCAUUCCUCAAACAAGUCACAUUCAUCCAUCCAUCCAAAAACAUACACGAAGCUUCAUAUCUAUUACAGAUUGGGGCGUAUUGAGGAAACUGGCCUUGGGGCAACAGGAAGGGUAAAUCUGUCCCCUGAGGAUAUACACUGCAAAAUAUAUUGGACAAAUACAUGUAGUUUACAGAGAUAGCUGGUAAUUUAAAACACAUAAUUUAAACACAUUUAUCAAUGCAACAGGGGUUAUUGUCUAAAAAAGAAUCAUCAAAUCAUAUUCAAGCCUUAUAUUUAAAGAGCAACUGUCAGCCCCAAAAUAUUUUUAAUAAACUAAUCCUUUCAUCAUCAAGUAUUAAAAGGAAAAUGUUUUCUUAAAGAAGUAUACAUAAAAAAAAAAAAAAUUAGGAAAACUCAUCCCUAGUACAUGACUAAAUCCACUAAACAUACACACGUGGUCAGUCACAGUCCUUGAAAACUGAUAGUCUCUAUAGUCGUCCCUGCUUCUGUGAAACGAGUGAAGCAGGGAAGACCAUAGAGACUAACUCAGUUUUCAAACACUGUCUGACACAGGGUGUAUUUACAGUUGUACUCAAAAUGAUUUAACCUUCAUUAAAAAUCGGUCUUAUUGUAAAAAUGUAAAGACUUUCAGCAGUUUGCAAUGAACAGAUCAAACAAAAGCAAUUGGAAUAGCUCAACACAACCAAUGCUUUAAGUGGUUUCCCCAAAUUCAAAAUUAGUGUGUCCGUAUGGAUGGACAUUGCAAUGGAAUGUCAAUCUCAUCCCACUCGCUGGGGGUAAACAGGGAAAGUAGCAUUUAAUAGGCGUGGAUGGACUGGUUUGGGUUGAAGAGGCUAGUAUGUGAUAAUGCCAUAUGCAGGUACUGCCCGUUUGGAUAUCAGCUUCAACAUUCGCAUCACACAAUAAAAAUCCAAAAAAAGAAAUAAACACGAUCUUCGGCAGGUAACAUUGAAAUAUUUUUUACUGAAAAUAUUCUGGUGUGUUACCUAAUUAUUGUAAAUAUUAACGGUCAUUAAAUAAAAUUUAAAGUGUACCUGUCAAUAUAAUUGAUCACAAAUGUAUAUAUUUUUUGAAAAGUCAGUUUAAACAAUUUCCCCCUCAUUCACCUGUCAAUCAACUCUUAGCAUAGACCACUAGGCUGACAGUUGAGUGACCGAGAAGAGCAGAAGAAACGUCUUGAGAUGUUUCUCUAGCUUGACAUCACAGCAACUACAAACACUGUAGCUGCACUGAUAUGUUUCUUGCAAGUAUGUCUCCUAAUUUCUGGGGAGGGGGGGUGGGGUACAGGAAUGAAGUGACAGAUAUAAUUGCAUUCUGAUGCCAUUGCACUGGCCAUCAUGCUCUAGUCAUUAGGUAGAAUUGUCCGAUUUCAGGAAAGGUCUCCAGUCUGAACCAAUCAUGCAAGAGAGGGGUGAGCAGGAUGGAGGUUUAACAUCCACAUUCUUCCAUUCACGGGGGAGCUGGCAAGCUGAUGCAUGAUAUCUUAAUUGGUUUAAGAGCUGUUAUUUGGCCAUUUACCAUAUUCCUGCUUCCCCGUAAAAGAUAUAGUCCUCCUUGCAUCUUCCAUAAGAAUUUUAAAUCCCAUCUCUGCAUCUCUCAGCAUUAAUGCAUCACCUCUUACAUUCCUGUCUUAACUGGCCAUAGAAAGUGGCAUUGUCUAUUGAAAUGUAGCCAACAUGUCUAUAAUUUACCCCCUGAGGAAGAUAAUCCAGGUGGCAAAACUCAUAAUUAAACCUGUUCCCAUUCUACACUCCACAAGGCUACAUUGGGAGGAGCGUGUUUCGGUGAGAUUUAUUUAUGUGUUUUAAAAGCACAGCAGGUGGUACUUAGUCACCAUUCCUAAUUUAAAAUUUACAGCAAACUCCAAAACACACGUUCUCACUGUUCUUUGACAAACCUUGUUUCAUUUGUUUAAAGCAUAAAAGUUUAGGGAUAACAUUUAUUUUUUUUGCUCUUCAAACCACCAGUUAUUAGGUUUUUUAUGUUAUAGAUGCCACAUAUCUCUUCUAUGCAGUGUAAAGUGAGAAGUUAAUUUGAAUUCACAUCACAGUUUGCGUGCGUUUAUUUAAUUCACCGAUGAGGAAGUAAGUAGUGUUUUGUUUUCACUCAUAUCCUAUAAUAGUUUAUGCUCUUUGCUUUCUGUGGAACAUCAGCGUUUGAUUAAGCCAAUCUCGCACCAGUCAGAGCCAUCCAGGCUGAAUGCCAAAAUGUUUGCUUUUGUUAGUUUAACAUGCAUUCAAAGGCUGCUGCAUAUAUCAUUGUCACAAUGGGGUCUGGGUUCAGUAUAAUAUGCGGUAUAUAGAGGUAUUCUAACAGAACACGCAGCUUUACUUGUUACUAGCCAUUUUGACCUGUGACUCACUGAUUGCUGUGAUGAUAAAGCCUAUUGAUGAUUCACAAGAUAUAUAUAAAAUAUUAAUCUUUGGCUUUGUAAGGUGCAUUAACUAUAUUUCAACAGUACACACAACAAGUCUUCAUGUGUACCAUCUAUUUGUGUUAAUAAGGGCAUACAGCAGUCCACAUGACUCGAGCAGGGCAAGAUUAAGAGCCCAGUGGGCCUGGUGCUGACAAUUAUGAUGGGGCCUAAUUACAGAAUCUUAUCGACCAAAAACACUAAAACAGUCAUACCUCCCAAGCGUCAUGUAUCUGAUGGAGAUGGUGUUGGAGGGAAACUCAAAGGAUGUAGCUAUAAGAAAACACAUACUCUAUGCUAAUCUCUCUCUAAUUUAUGCUUUCAAGUAAAUACAUACCCACUAACAGCAGUGUCCAGUGAAGCAGGAAGUCAAUGGGCGGGGUAAAAGGGUGGACCACUGACUCGAAUCCCGUUACCAGAACUGCCAAAAAGGGCAUGUCUGUCCAAAGAAUUGGACGCCCAGUCCUCUAGUCUUCCAGUGUCUCAGUGUCCUCAUUUCUCCCCGUGUCCCCAUGUCUCAGUGUUUCCCUUGUCACUAGGAUACUAGGGGACACAGUGAGACAUGGGGACACAGUGAGACAUGGGGACACUUGUGGAUACAGACAUGGGGACACUGGGAGACAUGGGGACAGUGGGAGACAUGGAGACACGGAGACAUGGGGACACGGAGACAUGGGGGACUAGGGGACACUGGGAGACUAAGGGAAACUGGGAGACAUGGGGACACUGAGACACUAGGGACACUGGUUGGGAGGCUUGAGGACACUGAGACAUGGGGGCACUUGUGGACCCAGACAUGGGAACACUGGGAGACAUGGGGACACUGAAAAAUGUGGGGGAACUAGCAGACAUGGGGACACUGAGACACUAGGGACACUGGCUGUGAGACAUAUGGACACUGGGAGAAAUAUAUUUGGGGACACUGGGAGACAUGGGGACACAUACACUGGGAGACUAGGGGACACUGGGUGCCGUGGAGACACUGAGACACUAGGGACAUUGGCUGGGAGACAUGGGGACACUGGGAGACAUGGGACACUGAAACAUUUUGGGACACUUUGAGACAUGGGGACAAUGAGACUCUAGGGACACUGGGAGACAUGAGGACACUGGGAGACAUGGUGUCCCUAUGUCUCACAGUGUCCCCAAGUGUCUCAGUGUUCCCAUGUUUCCCUCCUGCCUUUCCCACCCAUCCUUCACUUCCCUGAGCUGUUGUCUGUCUACAGACUGUUAGCUGCUGUCUGAACUCUCUGUGCUGUGUAGCUGCUCCCCCGCGGAUCAGUGACUAGAGAGAGGCAGGGAGGGAUAUGCUGUAACUUCCUAUCCCUGCCUCUCUCCACACACAGUGACCCCUACUGGCUGGUACUGGUAUUGCAGAGUAAUCUCAAUUUAUAAAUCAAAAAAAGUUUAAAUGUUGGAUAAACAGGUCCAACAAUUUAAGCAAAAGCUGGAAAAAUAAUAAUAUAAAUUAGAAUGAAUAAUAACUAAUCAAAUAUCUAUUCCAAAUCUCUGCCUAAGUUAUAGUGUUCUACCCACACCAAAAUCGUGUUAUCAGCCAAAAAAGGCUAUGCCUCCCUCAUAACAUACUGUGACUGAAAUAUGUCUCCGACUAUUUGACUUUAAUAUAACUUAAUAGGUCACAGUCUGUACUAUAUUGUCCUAAUACUAUGGAAACAGUCACAGAAAGAAAGUCCUGAUUCUAAAUGGGUCUGCCUGUGAGAGCAGACAAAAAUAAUCAAUCAAUAAUCUCUAAGUAAAUCUCAAAAAUACUAAUAAAUAUGUUCCAAAAUAGAGUGAGUAGUAAAAAGGAUAGUGUUAAGUACCUAGUGUAUCCAAAGAGUAUCAAAAUAGUCUCUAUAAUAGAGUGUAACACUUGAUCUAAUAUAGUUAAACCCUAUAAGGAGAAUGCUAAUCAUAAUCACAUAGUUACAAACUACAAAACUGUAUCUCCUUAUCAGGAUAUAAAUGAAGUUAGAGAAUCAGGACUGAGAGGGAGGUUUAGAAAGGUAUUAAAAUGCUAAUGUGCAGAGCCAUACUUAGGAUGUUGGCUGCCUGCACAUAGUGGAAGUGAAAGGGCCCUAAUGUGACAGUGAGAUAGAAAAGAAAAGCGGAAAAACCCGACGCGCGUUUCGGUGCUUAAAGCAUGCACCUUCGUCAGGGGUCAGAAUUGAAGUGACUCACUCCAGUCUAGUUUAUAUAUCCCUUCAGUUAUAGCCUUACUUACUCUCGGACCAAUCGUGGAACGCUAGGGUAACCGUUAUAAUUGAUGCCGAAAUUACCGGCGUUAAGUUAAAGAUGACGUAAUACAAAUGCCCCAAUCGUGUUCUAAACGGGGCGGAGUUAACUUACUAAUGAAUCGUUAACUCUUCAAUGUCCUUUAUAUCAGAUAUCAAAUAUACUCGACAUGAACUAACAAUGCCAGAUGUAUAAAUCUUCACUAUAAUCAUAAGUGGGAUAAAGUAAAGGAAAUUGUUCCUAACGAUUUUAUUAUGUUUAAUGCCAGAUACCUUGGCAUUCAUAGACUCUGUAAAGUCCAAUGAUGUUAAUGUCUUUUCAUGAUAUAAAGAGUCAAUGUGACCGGAAUAGAAUUAAAAUUAAAAAUGAAAGUAAAAAUAGAAAAUCUUAUGUAAAUUAAAUUUACUGUUGUAAGGGGAUGCUCAAUCCAUUCGAAAAUAUGUCCAUCACUUAUAAUAAUCUAAGUCUAUUUGAUCAACUAAACUACAUUGAAUUAGAUAAUAAAUGGUUCUAAAGUGAAAUCAUAAAUGUGGAUAUCGAUCCAUCUGUUAGGCUUUGUUAUCAUAGAUGCAGAUGUAUAUUUCAUCCCGUAAGUGCUAGAAGAAAUGCCAAUAAUGUUAAUGCAUAAAGGUAAAAACUGCUUCAAAAGAGGUAGUACAAAAAAUAAUAAUGAUGAUCACUGAACUAGAAGAAAACAAUAAUGUUAGGUCCUCUUAUAUAAUAUGUUUAAGGGGCUCGUUAUUAUCUCUCUAGCUUUACCAAAAAGAGAAUAGCGUGAUGUAAAUUCUGAUUGAAAUAUUUAAAGAUAGAGCCGAUAGCCGUGAACGAUCGGCUGUAUCUAAUACAUCACUAUAAUCUGGUCAUCUCUUCGUGGCUAAUAAUUAAAUGAGACUAUCGUGUCACAAAGAUGGAUAUAUCCUCUUAACCUAAUAUAGAUCCGUUCGAUCGUCAAUUAGUGGAAUUUUAAAAUUCCAAAAUGAAUGAAAUGAACAUAAAAUCCACUAAUGUGAUACAUCAAUGCCCGAUAUUCAUAAAACAAUUACCGAUGUUGCCAGUGAGCUGUUAAUCAAUUUAAUUUAAAAGAUGUAAGCUCACAUGGGGACAAAUAGCAAGAAUUUGACAGUUAGAGUUUAAAUUUUAAAGGCAGAGGGGACUAUAUCAAAUAAAUUGCUGGAGUUACAAGUUCCUAAUAGUGAUAGUGAAAAAUAACUAAAGAUAGAGAAAGGAAAAGAAAGUAUAUACAAUAUAUGAAAUAAUUAGAUUAAAUAAUAUUAGCACUUAAUUAUUAUUAUUAUUAGAGUUCUUCAAUGUACUGGUUAAAGUCUGAUCCUAAUAUUUAAUCAGAAAUAAAGGGUGUAUAAGAAAAGCCUUCAUUUAAGCUAGAACUGAAGGGAUAUAUAAACUAGACUGGAGUGAGUCACUUCAAUUCUGACCCCUGACGAAGGUGCAUGCUUUAAGCACCGAAACGCGCGUCGGGUUUUUCCGCUUUUCUUUUCUAUCUCACUGUCACAUUAGGGCACUUUCACUUCCACUAUGUGCAGGCAGCCAACAUCCUAAGUAUGGCUCUGCACAUUAGCAUUUUAAUACCUUUCUAAACCUCCCUCUCAGUCCUGAUUCUCUAACUUCAUUUAUAUCCUGAUAAGGAGAUACAGUUUUGUAGUUUGUAACUAUGUGAUUAUGAUUAGCAUUCUCCUUAUAGGGUUUAACUAUAUUAGAUCAAGUGUUACACUCUAUUAUAGAGACUAUUUUGAUACUCUUUGGAUACACUAGGUACUAAACACUAUCCCUUUUACUACUCACUCUAUUUUGGAACAUAUUUAUUAGUAUUUUUGAGAUUUACUUAGAGAUUAUUGAUGGAUUAUUUUUGUCUGCUCUCACAGGCAGACCCAUUUAGAAUCAGGACUUUCUUUCUGUGACUGUUUCCAUAGUAUUAGGACAAUAUAGUACAGACUGUGACCUAUUAAGUUAUAGUAAAGUCAAAUAGUCGGAGACAUAUUUCAGUCACAGUAUGUUAUGAGGGAGGUAUAGCCUUUUUUGGCUGAUAACACGAUUUUGGUGUGGGUAGAACACUAUAACUUAGGCAGAGAUUUGGAAUAGCUAUUUGAUUAGUUAUUAUUCAUUCUAAUUUAUAUUAUUAUUUUUCCAGCUUUUGCUUAAAUUGUUGGACCUGCUUAUCCAACAUUUAAGCUUUUUUUGAUUUGUAGCAUUUCAUAGGGGUUAAACCCCUGGACAUAACUGGAGUGUCCACACAGGUUCUGUUGUGGGUUCCGAAGUACGUUUCUCCUUUAAGGAUUGAAUUCUUACUAGGAAAGUCCACAACUUUAUUUCUAAUCUCCAUUUAUACUGAGAAAAAUAUCUGCAUUUGUAUUGCCGGUAUUACUGCAAUACUGGCACGGCCAGGCAGCCCCAAAUACCAGCUGUGCUGGUAAAAUACCAGUCAGGUGGGAAACCCAAGAGUAUUGUGUGUAAAAACAAAACAAAAAAAAGUUACUAAAAAUAUAUAUAUAUAUAUUUUUAAAUGGGCCUAUUCCAUGACAUUCCAAGACAUACUUAGGUUGCUUGGCACCUGGGAGAAAUUGCAUUUUGCCCCCUUCCCAAAUUGUCUCUCAUGGCUCUCUGUAUCGCUUAUGCUCCUCUUAUGUCUCUUACACCCCCUUGUGUCUCUUACGCCCAUUUGUGUGUCUCUUAUGCCUUCCUCAUGUCUCAAAUGUCCCCACUAUGUCUGCUAUUAGCCACCUCUGGUCCUUACCAUCUUGUGUCUCUCCCCCCUUUGUUUCUUUCACCCCUCUCUUGUGUCUGGUUUCUUCCCGACCUCUAAAUGGCUAGCCCAUUCAUAUGGAAUGUUCUUCUCCACAGAAUCUUCCUUAUUCGCCUGUUCUUUAUACAUAUUCUUAAAGGAAUACUCUAAGCACCAACACCACUACAUCAUUGGUGCAUAAAUGCUAUCCCUUUUUCUGGACAAUGUUAAACUUUGCUUUUUUAACCAGACAUUACGACUGCAUCUUCCUUCACAUUCUUUGAUUUUCAAAGGUUUUCAUGAUUGGCAUUAUUAAAACCAGCAUGGUGAUGCCAAUCAUGUAUUUAGGAUAUUGCAGACCUAGCGUCUGCUUGUUGUAAAUAACAGCAUGCUGAGCUGUCAGUCAGUUUAUCCAUUGAAAAUGUUCACACUGCGUACAUGCACAGUGCAGUCCUCUGUAAAUGCUUCCCUGUGAGAUACAUUGGAUUAGCCGAACAUCAUAAAGCUUGAUGAAUUCAAAGUAGAUGGAUUAGCUGUGGUGGGGCAUCGGUGGUGGAAGAAAAUUCUGUUUAACUUUCUUUUUCUAUAAAAGAGGUGGGGGAGGGCUGAAUCUAAAUAUACACAGACACAGUGGGUUUAAUUUUUUUUUAAAUAUACUAUUUUAUUAAAGAACUGCUUGGACAGUUAUUUAGAGAAAUGAUUAAUAACAAAUCUCCAAAAACAAUUUAAUUCUAUUGGACAUUACAUGCCAUGCUUUCCAGUGUCUGCUCCAACCUUCAUUUCACCUUUUUCGUAUACUCCUUCCUACCUUAUGUAGCAAAGAUCUAGAAGUUUUUUAGACCACUUAAAUUAUGCAUACUAUUUUCUAAGACUGUAUAGUAACCAGAUCCACCAUGUUUUCAGGGAGACAUGUGUAUAUAUUGAUGGGCAGCCAAGAAAAGGGUUGCCCUCUGUAACAGAUGCCCUGUUCCUGGAUAUUACUUUUAUUUUGCCUGGAUUGAUAUACGAAUCCAACCGAACCGAUUUGCCCCAGCUGGUUCGUGUGCCGAACGCUUGAACCACACAAAGCAGUCGUGUGCUGCCAAUUGACCCAAUUGACCUUACAAACACUUGUUCUUACUGCAACACUGAACAUUCUAAGGGAUUCACUGGGUGGUCGUCAAUACGUAUGUACGAACACGUGGCGGCGGCCAUCUUGUUUUGUCGAAUGCAUCUAGCGGUGUUUGGGCGUCGAGUGUAUGGAACUAUUUUCGGACACUCAACUGCCCGAACACCACUGAGAUUUCCAGGAUCACUUAGGUUCUUUCCAAAUCAUCCGAAAAAGGCGGUGUUCGGUGAAACCCAACCCCUGAACAAGGGGCACACAACUAGCUUUCCCAAAAUGGUUAUUUUAGACAUUUUGUUGCAUUUGAAGCCCAUGAAAGAGACCAGCUGCACAGCCCAAUUCUAUGUAACUAUUCUGGGCAAGAGCCUUGUGUACGGUCAGUCAGAAAUAAGACUUCCAUGGAACUUUCAAACCCCUGAAACGAUCUGGGUGAUAUUUAGAUAUGUUGCUCACCCAGAUCGGGGCUAUCAGUGGAUGUAUCGGGGCUAUUGUGGGGAUACUAUGUGUUUUGGGAUACUUUUGGUUCUGUGAAAAUAUAUGUUCUUUUUCGUCUGGAGAUAAUUGAGUUGAUACAGUAAUUGACUCCAUUAUCUCCCAGGCAGAGGGGAGGGAUUGUAUGCUAUGUGUGGGAGUGUCAUAAAGUAUAAACCUGUUGUUAUUGGCUUCUAUUCUUGUAUUGUAGUCCCCAACAAGGUCCAUGUGUGAGUGCACCUUGCAUGGGGACUGUCCUAAAAGGCCAAUUGUGGCACCAUUAAAAUCAGUCCAGUUUUACCCUUAACAUAGAGCCUCCCCUUAUGUUUAUAGGGACCUGCUAUGCAAUCUAUAACCACUAGCUCUUAUCAGAGCUUCACAGCCAUACCUACUUCUUCACCACUUGGAUUGAUGCUUGGGUAUACAUCAGCGUUCUUCACUCUAGGGGGAAAGGACAUCUCUGGUGGCGAAAUCCCCUCCACUAGCAGGGCGGCCGUUACACCCUCUAGUAUGUAGAAUUCAGAAUAAGUAUAAGAUUAAGUAAUUAGGCAAUGAAAAAAUAUGCAUUAUACAUACUACAGGGCAACCCUUUACAUGCGUUUCCAUAAAUAUUACAAAAUUAUAUGAAUUCAUGGUGGAUCUAGUAACUAUGUGUGUAUAUAAAUAUAUAUUCUUUACACAAGAUAUCAGUGCCUUGUCUGUCAGCACAGACCUAGAGCAGUUAGUGGUUCAAACAGUGUGGUAUGAUCUCAUUGACUUCAUGUAAUAGGUUAAAUGCAGUCCUUAAACGUGUUUUUUGGGGAAUGAGGGUUUAUGUGUCAACAAAAAAGAGGAUUCACAUCAGACAAUUAAUUAAAACUAAGUCAGUUUGAAUGGAAAUAUGCAUAUUUCUCCAGUAAAUGUUACAUUUAAAAAAGCUGCUGUUGAGGGUGAGAAUUUAAACAUUUUGACUAAUUUUUUUUAACCUUUUGAAGUGCGUUUUGGUCCAAAAAAAGCUGUUAUCCCCAUCCAAUGGCCCUUUAUACAUCGCUUAGGACCUAGGUUUGCAGGUAUGAUGAUUUCUGAGAAAGAGACACAGCUCUCUUGCUGUUUUUCUAUCAACAUUUAGUUUGUCUAACUAAUCCCUGGGAAUUAAAGGAUUAUAGAGUUAAAGAGGCUUAGUGAUUUGAAGUGGUCAUGGUUCCCAGAGUCAGUAUGUGCAGAGUAUUGCUGCACGUAUAGAAUUUAACCCCUGAGCUGCUAGAAGUAUAACUCUGCCUCAUCUUCAUUAGGGUGUCAGUAGCUAGCCCAGAACAAGAGUUCCAGUGACUAAAAUUGGCACCUGAUGCCAGACAGUGAAUGUCAUCAAGGGCCUCUCCCUCCAUGCCAUUUCUGUCCUCCCCUGAAUCAGAAGAAGAAGAUCGACCACUACAUCAUUGGUACAUAAAUGCUAUCCCUUUUUCUGGAUAAUGUUAAACUUUGCUGUUUCAACCAGACAUUACGACUGCAUCUUCCUUCACAUUCUUUGAUUUUCAAAGGUUUUCAAGAUUGGCAUUAUUAAACCCAAUCGUGUAUUUAGGAUAUUGCAGACCUAGCGGGAAUAGGAGUAUGUUUAGUACAUAAUUAUUACGGGCGCACAUCCUAAUGCAGUAUGCUGUGCAUGCCCAUAGCUGUUUAUAUCAUUAAACCACUUCUUCCUCAUUUUCCUUAUAAGAAAAAUAUACCACUGACUGACUGACCACUUGACUGAUAGUCUCUAUAGAGAGCAAUAAUUGGCUGAGAGUGAUCAGUUGAUGCUGUUAACUAUUACACGACCAGCAAGAAUGGCAUCCGGCUAUGCCCCAUUACCAGGGAAUAUUGCUAGGAUACUCCUGGCAUCAUAAAUGCAGCAGGCUACAGUGGCUAUAGUGCUUGGGAUAACCCUUUAAUGAGUUCAGACAGUGAAGUGGUUUUAGGUUUAAUUGCAGUGUUGGCAUUUUAAGAUAAAUAAGUUGGUUUCAUGUACAAAAGGGCUCAAAAAGGUUUGCCAUCACUGUUCUAGUGCAUGUCCUUUAAUGCUAUCUACCUUUGACAUUCUUCAUGUUGGCUGUCACUGUGUUAUUUGCUACGAUUUAUUUUCCGCAGCUCAAAAUAUAUUUCUAUAAUUAACUAACCAGUGAUCGUUUUAUUACAUUCCACCAAAUACAGGAUUCAAGGAAUUGUAUCUUAGCAACAUGAAGAGGUUAAAGCGGCACUAUCAUGCUGAACUUACCUUUCCCUGAUCGCUUCCUCUUUAAAACAUAGGACAAAAUAGGGACUACUUUGUUUUAUGUAUUUUUCCUAUGCUUGGCCAGCUUUGAUCCACUUCCUGUGGUCAAAGAAAUUUUCCCACAAUACUCACCUUUCCUUCAUGAUCUCGAAUGCCUCCUGUCAUUAUUUCAAAACGUAUCAUCAUCUAGACAGGACGCUGGCAAAACUACCGAAUUGCGCCCUAACAGAAUGAGUAUAGUUUGUUCAUUCAUGUUAGCACGACAUUUGGUACUAUCUCUUUGGAUCGGAAUUUCAUUCAAAUUAAUUAAAUGCCAAUCAUGGGUGGGGUCCUGGAGGGAGACAAUAGGUCCUCCCCCCUUCUGUUACAUUUGGCCCCCACCCGACGCUCAUGGGUGGGUUCCGUGGGGGUGGACACAAUAGGUCCCCCCUUUUUGUUACUUUUGGCCCCCAAACGCUGCUUGGGGGUCUUUUUUUAGAACAGUGAGCAGCCAGUAUCUGGACAUCUGGAAUAUCUGGAAGUUCAAUUUUCCCUGCUCCUGUUGUAGGUACUGGACAAUAGCUAUGUUAAUGCCACUGACAGUUGUUCUAAAUAGCUUAUUUAAUAAGUUUUUCUGAAAAUUCUAUUAACCUCUUAAAAAUACAACUUCUGCAAUAAAAGCGAAUCAUGAUGGAAUAUUUCCGUCAUGUGUCCUUAAGGGGUUAAUCCAUGGAAAUGUCUAUUGGUUAGACUUGAAUGCUCUCCAGGUGACUUCACUAAAUUGAAGAUUUUUACAGCUCAUUUAAUUUGUCCUACAUUUUGAAGUCUGAUGUGAAUUCACCAUAACAACGUUUUUAAUGACUACAUUCUAAUAGAAUUUAGAGUGCCAUCGUGUCAGGAAUGAUGAUUUCCUACAGACAUUUUAGACUUCUAAAUAGUAAUUAAUUUACUUAUUUCCAGUAAAUGUGUAAAGUGUCAGUUCCCCUGUCAUCUUAUCAAUGCUUGUACCUUUUAGUUAAGGAUGUUUUGUUUCCAUUUAUUUAUCAUUUCUGUUUAUAAAGGUUGUAGAUGUGGCUCUCUCUUCUAGAUCCCAAAAUAUACUGAUAAUAUUAACCCUCUAUUCAUUGUUUUUCUUUGUGUGACUUUUCUUCCAGGUUCAGAAAUGUCAUAAAAUGUGUUCUAUAUAUACUUCUACUAAACUGUUAUGAGUAAGUUGAAUGGUCUAUACUUUUGGUGUGAACAUGUAAGUCAUUGCCGUAUCCCAUUAACGGGAUUAUUGGAGAUGAUUGGUGUUCAUGCAUCUAUGGAAGGUCACAACAGAGAUGUAAUAAUGUGUUAUCUACUGUUUAUGCCAACAGUUUCAAAUUAAUUGUAAUACUCCUGAAUUGGACCUUUGUCCCGCUAUCCCAUAUGUCUUCCCAUAUGGUGUUCCAUAGAAGUAGAAAAGUGCAAAGUACAAAUAUGUUUAACCCCUUAAGGACCAAACUUCUGGUGUAAAAGGGAAUCAUGAUAUUUCACACAUGUCAUGUGCCCUUAAGGGGUUAAAGGAUAACUGUCCUCAAAUUUUCACUUUUCAUUUUUUUUAAAGUUUAUUACAAUUAAUGAAGCUUUGUAAUAAUUUUUUAUUUGAUAUAUUGAUUUUUUUUUUUUUUUAAAUUGUUCCUGGCUGAGCUACCAUGUUGGGUCAGACUCGAUUAUUAUCUAACUAGUCUGCUGCAAUUUCAUAUAGAACAAUCACAGCCACAGGCAAGUUGUGUUGAGCAGCAGUUGGUCAGAUAACAGUAGUGUCUGACCCAACAUGUCUGCAAAGCAAGAUAAAAAGUGAAAGUUUAUCAAAAGAUUCAAGAGACCAAUGGAGUCAUUGGAGUGGACGACUAUAGAAAUAUGUUAAUUUUAUAAUCAAUACAGGAUUCUGGAAACAUGCUGGAAGAAUUGUCCAACUCCGCUCUAGUCACAGUUGGAUGAUUUCAGACGUAAAUUUGAAAUUUGGCUUUCACUUCACUUUGAUUCUGUAUUAAUUGUAUAAACCCUCAAGAUAUAUUUGCCCACAUAUUGAUUGUGAUUUCUUGCCAAAACAUUGACCUCGAUGUUAAAUUAUUGGAUGAGCUUUUCAAGUUACUUAAUAUUUUUGGACAAACGUUACAUUAGAUUUCAACUUUUUAAAAGUUUAAAAAUAUCUAAAAAUAUUAAAAUCAUUUGAAAAGCCUCUCAUAAAAUACAAAUUCUAGGCCUUAGUUGGUUAAUUGUGGCAGAGGUCAAGCAUACUAACAAGUGAUAUAACUUUUCUUGUAGGGGCUGUGGUGGCUGCCUUCUUUCUCUGCAACUUCCCUGAUACAGCGUCAUCCCUCAUGCAAAUUUAUAUAGAAAAUUGGAAUGCGCAUGUCUACACUGUAUACACCUGGUUGAAGACCUACCUGUCUCUCCCACUUUGGUAUCUCAACAGUGCACUCGACCCAAUACUCUUCUGCAUCUCCUCUACAUCCUUUCGUAGAGCUUGUUGGAAGAGCCUCACUACAUUGCUUCCGUGGCAAGGAAAAGCCACGGAUCAUGGACCGAGCCACAAAUACCAAGCUUCCUGCAUAAGAUCUCGUGGGGGUUCGUCUCUUGUGUCAGCACCAAGUACACAUUCAACAUGCACCCUGAAUUCAAAUGAAGGGGAACAGAGGGAAAAUUUGGCCAUGUACCGAACCACCAAACCAAAACUUGUGUAUUACCGGCACAUUACAAUGAUGGAGAGAGGAGACUACUCAAUUCCUUAG